CUCUGUCCCUUCCCAAGGGGGGAGUCACUCCACAGGGAAACCCAACGCAGGCAAGAGAAGACCCUACAGGACAGCAAGGAGAUGCCACCUAAGACCAAAGAAAAAGGGAGGAAAGCUGGGGCACAGAAGAAAAAGAACUCGGGUGCCGAUGUGGAGGCCGAGUCCAGGCUCAGGCUGGUGAUGCUGGAGAAGGAGCUGCUCCAAGAUCACUUGGCUCUACGCAGGGAUGAGGCACGUCGAGCUAAGGCUUCUGAGGACCAGCUGAGGCAGAGGUUGCGCAGGUUGGAGGCUGAACUGGAAGGGGCCCAAAGUGAAGGGAAGGCCGUGUAUGCAGAGAUGAGUCGCCAGUGUCGGGCCCUGCAGGAGGAGAUGGAGACCCGCAGCAAGCAGCUGGAGCAAGAAGCGAGGGGCCUUCGGGGGCAGCUGGAGACGUGCCAGAGGGAGGCUGAGGCUGCACAGAAAGAGGCUGAGCAAGCCCUCAGAGAGCGUGACCAGACCCUGGCUCAGCUUCGGGCCCAUGUGGCAGACAUGGAGGCCAAGUAUGAGGAAAUCUUACAUGGCAGCCUGGACCAGCUGUUGGCUAAGCUGAGAACCAGCAAGCCUCAGUGGGAUGCGGCUGUGCUGAGGCUCCACGCCAGGCAGAAGGAGCAGCUGCGCCAGUUUGGACUCAACCCCCUGGAUCUUUGAGGCUGCCAGACUCUAGCCUCUGGGGUCCUCUGAGGCCCCAGCAAUAAAGCUUCUUGUCAUAGAACUCAA